AUGGAGGAAUUGCAAAAGAAAUGUUCUGAUUUAACCAAAGAUAACGAAUCUCUGAAAGCAAAGGUAGCGGAAUUAAUGGCCAAAGUGCAGGAGCUUUCAAAGUACAAGGAAAUGGCGGAGGGAUUAGCGGGGAAAGCAGCGUGUGGCACCGAGGCUGCAGAGGACGCGGCAAAAGAAAAAGUCGCCGAACAGGCGGAUGAAGCAAAAGACAAGGCUACGGAUGCGGUGAAUGAUGUAGCCGCAUCAAUUUCUAGCAUGAAACUCCCCUUUUAAUUGUCAAAAUCAACUUCGUUGGAUUUCACAGAGAUGAAAAACAAGAUUUAGUUUGACUGCACUUUCAAAAUAAUAUUAUAGCUGCAUCAAGGCAGAUUAGUUGAUAUACGUUUCAUAGCUUAUUGAACACAUUUUGUAAGCUAAUGAACACGAAAUUUAUUUAUUUCAAGCACACGUUCCGUUUUCGAGUAUGGCUGGUAGGCAAUUGGAUUGAGCUCAAGUGCAUUUUUUAAAGAAGUAAUUUCAUGCCAAGUAUGAAAAGUGAAUGACCGUGCUCUGCUAAAAUGGCUGUAACAUGGAGAGGGAAUUAAUAAAACAACGGCUCAACAGUUAAUAAUUGUGAAAAUAUGUCAUUGCUUUAUACACCUACAAGAUAACUAGCUGUCUUUGAGAAAGCUACUACAAACCACAAAUCUUAUUGCCCCAUGGCCAUGAAAGGUAAAUCCAAGACAGUAUUGGAUUCUGGAUUCCACGCUGUGUAUUUCGGAUUCCAAGUACUGGAUUCGGUGUUCCAUGUCACUGGAACGUGGAUUGCAGAUUCCAAUCUUUAGCGGGAUUCCGGAUUACCUAUAACUGCAUUCUGUAUUCCAGAGCCGAGGCUCCUGGAUUUCACAAGCAAAAAUUUCUCGGAUUCCGGAAUCCCGAUUACAAUCAAAUUGGGCGAAAUUCUUAUCUUUAACAAAACGUAAUUUUGUGAAAUUUCAUAAAACUACACACAUUCACCUAAAAACAAUAACUAAAACAACUAUAACAAAACAUUUGUCGUCCCACGUAAGGGAAUCGCAGAUUCCCGAAUCCGGGAAAAUUUCGCUUGAGGAAUCCCGGGAUCCUGCGCUUUCGAUUGAAAUCCAGAAUCCAAGUUCCACUGACAAAGGGUGGAACCCACUCCCUGGAAUCCGGAAUUCACGGCGUGGAUUCCAGAAUCCAAGACUGUCUUGCAUAUCCCUUGCAAGGGGUCACAGUUGUCUUUUGUCAUUAGAUUCCAGACCACCAGUGUAUAAUUGGGAAAACUGCACCAUGCCACUUUCAAAACAUUAUCUUCAAGUUGUCGUCUUGCAGGAGAUUUCUUGGUUCUGUCGUCCCUUAA